CUUUGGUGAUCUCAGUUGUAUAAAUCACGGAAAUGGCCGGGAAAUCGGGUUCGUUCCCACAGAGUUUCGUGGAACCCAGCAGAGAGAGGCUUCUCCCGCGAAAAGGGUUCUCCGAUUUCGGCUUCAAUGACUCCGUCGGAGUCUCCACCGCCGCCGAUGGACGUCGCUCCAACUUCGGGUGCUUCCGCUUGUGCUCCGACGGGAUCGCCGGCUCCUGGAGAGCGUUAUACGACUUCGCCGGGAAAUUGUACGAGAUGGGUCGCUCCGAUCGCCGGAAAGUGCUCUUCGCCGUCAAGAUGGGAUUCGCUCUCGCCCUCUGCUCCUUCCUCAUCUUCCUCAAGCAGCCGCUCAAAGACGCGAGCAAGUACGCCGUGUGGGCGAUCCUCACCGUCGUCGUGGUUUUCGAGUACAGCGUAGGAGCAACUUUGGUUAAAGGAUUCAAUAGAGCUUUAGGCACAUUCUCUGCUGGAGGGCUUGCACUUGGCGUUGCAAGACUCUCCAUCUUAGCAGGAGAGUUUGAGGAAGUCAUCAUCAUAAUCAGUAUCUUCCUUGCAGGUGCCUGUUCAAGUUAUCUGAAACUCUACCCGAUCAUGAAGCCGUAUGAGUAUGCUUUCCGGGUGUUUCUGCUGACAUACUGUCUCGUUCUGGUGUCGGGGAACAACAGCAGAGCUUUCUUCAGCACUGCAUUUUACAGGUUGUUGCUCAUCUUGCUCGGUGCCACUAUAUGUUUGGUUGUAAAUAUAUUUGUAUUCCCGAUCUGGUCUGGUGAGGAUCUCCAUAAGCUGGUCGUUAAGAAUUUCAAGAAUGUCGCAAAUUCCCUUGAGGGAUGUGUUAAUGGGUACUUGCAAUGUGUCGAAUACGAGAGGGUGCCUUCAAAGAUUCUCACGUACCAAGCCUCUGAUGAUCCGUUGUACAGUGGAUACAGGUCGGUUGUCCAAUCUACAAGCCAAGAAGAUUCUCUGCUUGGUUUUGCAGUGUGGGAACCUUCACAUGGGCCUUACCGCACAUUUCACCAUCCAUGGCAAAACUAUGUUAAAGUUAGUGGUGCACUAAGGCAUUGUGCUUUUAUGGUCAUGGCAAUGCAUGGAUGCUUACUUUCAGAAAUACAGGCAGCUCCGGAGAAAAGACAUGCUUUCCGCCGUGAGCUUCAGAAGGUUGGCAACGAAGGAGCCAAUGUCCUUCGUGAGAUUGGGGAAAAGAUGGAAAGAAUGGAGAAACUUAACCCGCGAAACAUUCUGAAAGAAGUUCAGCGCUCAGCAGAGGAACUGCAGAUGAAAAUAGACAGGAAAUCCUACCUUCUGGUCAACUCGGAAAGCUGGGCAGCCAUUAAAGAGCAGGCCGCCGAUAUGGAAGAAGCACAAGAAAACUUUGAAGAAGAUGAAAGCAAAGUGAUCAAAUCACUCAGCCAGAUUUGGGACAACAACAACAUCAACAGUCAGAACCCGAACACAACAACUGGAAACGAAUCUCAGAUAUGGAUUUCAACAGACAGUAUGAUGUUUAGGAACAGAGAAAACUGGCCAAGUGUCUCGUUCAUCGGAGGUUCCGUGGUCAAUGAGAUCGAAUGCAAAGUAUACGAGAGUGCGAGUUCUCUAUCUCUGGCCACGUUUGCUUCCCUUCUGGUCGAGUUUGUUGCAAGGCUUCAGAAUCUUGUGAAUGCUUACGAGGAGCUAAGUGCGAAAGCCGGUUUCAAAGAUCAGACAAAAGGCAAUGUAGAUUCUUCUGUCGGAUUCUGGACAAGAAUCAGGAGAUGUUUCGGUAGUUCUGGUCGUUAGCAGAAAAACUUUAACCGAACCAGGGAGAAGGCUGGUUUUUAUGAAGUUGCAGUUGCAUUUUCUUGUGGGUGAAUAUAUAUAUACACACACAUAUGUAUGGGUUCUUUUGUUUGUUGUUGUUGUUGUUGGUAAAGCUGAUUCGUAUAAAAUAUGUCUUGGUUGUAAAUUGGAAUAAGUUUCCCGAUUCUAUUUUGGCAACGAAUAUACACAAAAUCUCAAUAGAGAUUAUGUUUUUGUA